UUUUAGAUAAUAAUUUUAUUCGUCGGGAACACUUGCUUGCAGCUGGCCACAUUCUCGCUGUCUCAGUUUCAGCAUGUGGAUCCCCAACUUGCCUAUCACAGUGAUCACCGGGGUGGCGGCCACAGCCGGCGCGCUUUGCUUGUUCAAGGACAUGCACAGCGGGCAGCCGUUCGACCGCAACGUGAAGGCGGAAGGCAAGACGGUGAUCAUCACCGGCGCUAACACCGGAAUCGGCAAAGAGACUGUAUGGGAGUUUGCCAAGAGGGGAGCUAAGGUGUUUAUGGCAUGUCGCGAUAUGAAGAGCUGCGAGGAGACGCGACGUGAAAUCGUUCUAGAAACGGGCAACAAGUUCGUCUAUUGCCGACCCUGUGAUCUCGCCUCGCUUGCCUCCGUCAGAGAAUUCGUUGACAGGUUCAAAUCCGAGGAGCCUAAGCUAGACAUACUGGUGAACAACGCCGGUGUGAUGGAGACACCCAAGGGUGUGACGAAGGACGGCUUUGAAACACAACUCGGUGUCAACCACAUGGGACAUUUCCUGCUCACCAAUUUACUGCUGGAUACUUUGAAGGCGUCUGCUCCGAGCCGCGUGGUGGUGGUAACGUGCGACGCGCACAGACGCGGCGACAUCCGCAAGGACGACCUCAACAUGAGCCAGUACGAGCCCAACGCCGCCUACUGCCAGGCUAAACUCGCCAAUUUACUCUUCGCACGGGAACUCGGCAGGAGAUUGCUAGAGAGCGGUGUGUCAGUGUCGGCGGUGGACCCCGGCUUCUCUGACACGGAUCUGACGCGUCACAUGGCGAUGUCAAAGAGUGUGACGCGCUUCAUCAUCUACCCGGUGUUCUGGCCGGUGAUGAAGCUGCCGCGCGCCGCCGCGCAGACCGUGCUGCACGCCGCACUCGAUCAUCACCUCGAAAAAUGCGCCGGUGAUUACUAUGUGGAUAUGAAGCUGGCAACACCGUCAGAGAAGGCGCAGGACUACGAGCUGGGCAUGUGGCUGUGGAGAGUCAGUGAGAAGUGGACGAGGCUGCACGAUGGCCAGCCCACUGCCGUCAGUAGUGCUAUAACUGGACUGGCAACUGCCAGUGUGAACAAAUACCGCCAAUAAGUCCAUAAAGCAAUAGCAACUGUACUGGCCAAGUGUGAACCAUUAUUCUUGUAUUUAAACGUGUUGUCUUUAUUUUAUGAAACAAAAAUGAAAGAGACAGAAUGUUUUACAAGUUCGAUAAUUAAAGCCCUUAUUGAUUGUGACAUGAUGACGUCAUUAAAGGUUUUUUCAAUUUUUGCAUUUGAUUUGAUCAGUUUGUCAUACUUAGUGAAUACUGAACUAAUUCUGUGUGUAUUUAAGUAUAUUGGAAUAAUGUAUGAGUUGUAAUAUACGUAAUAGUUUAGUUGUAAAUGUUUUAGUUUUAAUAAAAGUUUAGUUAAUCGGU